AUGUCGAAGAGAAUAAUGAAUGAAGUAUUCUGUACUGCUGAAGAUAUGGGACUUCAAAUAUUUUACCAGGACUGUGAUAGCAUGCAUAUUUUCAAUGAAGACAUACCAAAGCUUGCAGCAGAGUUUAAGAAGAGAUACGGUCGCGAACUUAUAGGAAAGAACCUUGGUCAAUUUCAUUCUGACUUCGCAGAAAUAACACCUGGAAAACAAAGUUUAGCAUACAAGUCAAUAUUUUGUGGAAAGAAGACUUACAUAGACUUACUCACGAAUGAUUUAAAUGAAGUUGCAUUCCAUGCACGUUGCAAAGGUGUCAAACAAGACGUCCUUGCUUUAACAGCAAAUGAAAUGUUUCCUGAAGCUAUACAAUGCUAUUACAAUGAAGAUAAGAACAUUCACAUACCUGUUGGAACAUAUGACAAAGACUCUGAGUUCAGUUUAAUGAAACUUUACAAAGCACUUUAUGACGGUCAAGAGAUUGGAUUUGACUUAUGUAAGUCAUGUCAGCCUUGCUUUGAAGAGAAGUUUAACUUCUCAAUAACGACUAAAACAAGCUUUAUUCGUAAGUUGAAGUUCUGA